AUGGAUGAAAAUCAUCCAUUUUACGACCAAAUUACGAAUGAUAAGAAAUAUGCAGAUGUACCGAAGGACCAAAUGCCCUUUGCGGAAAAUCUGAAACAAACUUUCGAAAGAACAAUUCCUUACUGGGAAGAAGAAAUCGUGCCCCAAAUCAAGGCCGGAAAAAAGAUUCUAAUAUAUGCGCAUUGUAACAGUUUGAGAUCCAUUGUCCAACAUAUCGAUAAUUUGCCAGAUAACGAAAUUGUCAAAUUAAACAUACCUCCUGGAAUACCAUUCGUUUAUGAGUUUGACGAAGCUAUGAAACCGGUAGUUUCAAUGAAGUUCCUAGAUGACGAAGAUAAAGUGAAAAAUAUGAUGGCUUCUUUGGCCGCUAGAGGGACAAAGGGAGGACAGCUAAUGCCACGAUUUGGUUAG